AUGGAGUCGGCGGAUGCCGCCUUGUCGUCGUCUCUGGCGGUACAUGUAGGGCCCGACAACAUCCGCUCGCUUAUUCUAGAGAAAGAGAAGGAGUUGCACGAUAUUAACGAGUAUCGUAUUCGUACACUAGAGACGCUAUUGCGUGAUAAAGAAACAGCUGCUAAUGCAGCGAAACAAACGCUCAUCAAGUUGCAAGAGGAUUUCAUGUAUAAAUUGAAGCUUUUAGAACGUCGUAACGAAGAAUUGGCGUUAAAUGACGUCAUUUUUACGUCGCUGAAGAACGUUCUGAGGGAUAAAGAGACGGAAUUACAUGAGGUUCAAGCAAGAGAAAAGAAGAUACAGAUAAAACUGAAUCGUGUCAAGGAACAGAGAGAUGAGCUGAAGAUUCAGUACCAGCAAAAGCUGAGAUAUGUUCGAGCUCAGGUAAAAAGUGCAAAGUGGAAAUUUGAAGACAAAUUGAAACAUCAACAGAGAGUUAUGGAGAUUCCGAGCCGAAGGGUGAAGAAGUUAUUGAGAGAGAAGGAGAAGGAGGUUAAAAGACAACGGAGAGAGUGGACAAUGACGUUUGACGACGUCAUGAGACAGAAGGAGAUGGCGUCUGAACGAGAAAACAAAGAGCUACAGAUGAAAAUGAGAGCAUUAGAGAUGAAGAACGAGAUGAUGGUACAAAAUACAGAUGUACAAUGUACAAGAGUUGAAGAGUUGAAGACAAAGAAUGAAAAGCUGGAGAGGAUGAUACAGGAGAAGGAUAAGGAAAUAACGUUGUUGAAGUCGACGGUGACGGAUGUAAAAACCAUGAAAGAAGCUAAAGUGGGAGAGUUGGAAAGUGAAGUGGUAAAGCUAACGGAGAUGAAGCAGCAACUUACAGGUGAGUAUGAAAGCAAGAUAGCGGAGCUCUCUCUAUUGCUGAGUUCUGUAGAGAAGUCUUUUGUGCAGCAGAAGACACAGCAUGAUGAGGAACUGCGAUCUCUUUUGGAACGGAAACAAAGCGACAUGCAGGAAGCGAGUGCUAGAAGCGAAGCAAUGCUAAAAGCACUUAUUGUAAGAUUGCGUGAAAGUGAGGAAAAGGUGGAGGCUUUGCAAGCUGAGCUGAUGUAUGCCAAGAAGAAUGCAGAUGACAAAAUUAUAGACAUGGAACGUGAGAUCAAACGUGUAAGAAGUGCACUGCAGGAACUUGAAGAAAGGGCUCAAACGCUUCAGAAAAUAUCGCAAGAGUCAACUAGCCAAAUAGCUUUACUCAAGGAGAAAGACAUGACGCUGCGUCAAGAACUUAUGGAGAGUAUCGAGAAACAGAAAGAUUUGCAACGCGAGGUGGUGGCAGUGAACUUGGAAUGGGAAAACCGAUGGCAAAAGCAAAAGCAACAACUGGACGAGCAGCACGAGCUGCAUCUCCGUGAACUGCAACAUGGAAGAGAUGAGAAGCACGCAGUAGAAGAGCGGCUGCUUUACGCUGAAAAUGAAGUGCAGUGGCUGCGCUCUGAAUUGUUAUCACUGAAGGUCAGCGCAGGUAUUACGGAUUCUUUCGACACUCAGUGUUUAGCGUCUGCGGCCAAUUUGGCUGCCAAGAUGUCUUCUGAGUACGCACCAGCCGUUAGAUCAUCUCUUUGGAGCGAUGAUCCUGGUACACUUUCUUCCGGUGUGUCACUGCUGCUAACAGAAAGCCCAUUAUUGCAGCCCACAACAACUGCGGACACUUAUGUCAACGCGUUAGAGACAGAUAGCGCAAAGCUGCGCGAAUUGAUUCAACAAAUGAAGGAAUCACUGACCCAACAAGAAGAAGAGAUGGAGGUAAUUUCGGAGCAAGCUGGUGAGAGUCACAGCGCCUCCAAACGUGCUGAGCAGCAAGUGGAAACGCAGGAACGCGAUCUUGCGAUCGAGACACAACUAGACAAACACUCUAGCUCUGUCAGCAGUAUUGCUUUGCAGUUUGAGAGCUGUAAGCAGGAGCUUAUUGAAGCACAGCAAUCCGUCGAGACCAAAAGCAGGCAGAUUGUCGAGCUUGAAUCUCGGAUCCAAGAACUGGAGGUGAUGCGGACAGCAGAGUCACAAUUGCAAAGUAGGCAUGCUGUUUUGGAAGCUCAAAUAAUGGACCUAAAUCGGAAGCUUGGAGCCGCAAACUGUGAUAUUGAGCGUCUUGUCAGACAACGCUGUCAACUAAUGAAGCUAAGCAACCAACUGCGUGCUGAUUUGCGGCGGAGUGGCAGUUCUACAGGGUCGAGAUCAUCAAUAUCUCGAGUAGAAUUUGCAGGCAAGAAAGAUUACCAGAACUUAAUUGCAGAGCUCACACAGUCCUUGAAGGAUGUGCGGGUCCGCAACAAAGCACUGAAGAAGCACCUUCGUCGGAUGGUAAAAUUGCAAAUUCGGCUUCAGCAUAAACGAAUGUCUGUCGCGUAA